UAUUGGACUGAUUUACAUAAGGAUCUACAACUUGGGUGGCUUACAUUGCUACUUAUACAAAGGGUCGCCGCGCUCCAUUCAAAUUACAUGAAAUCUCUUUUGUCUCCUCCCCCUUCCACUCCAAUAACAUGGAGGUAGAUUCUCAACAUGCUGAGACAUCAGCAGCAGGUGCUAAACGCCAGAGGUUGAGCCCAGAGGCCAGAAAGCUCUUGAAGGAUUUUGCCGACCAUGUUUCGAUGAAUCCGGAUUCAUUUCAAAGACAACUCUUGCUCGACCAGGUGCGACGCUUGUCGGGGUGUGGACAUGUCGAUUCCAAACACAUAACCACAUGGUUUCCGCGCUAUCGUGCCACUGUAAAGAAGAACUCGAUGAAAAACGAUGACAAUAUCCUGUUCCCGAAUUUCACGUCAGAGCAACUCGAAGUCUUAAGGCCAUUGCUGCGUAACAACCCGCUUCCGAGGAAGGAAAUGAUUGACAUCUGGGCCGCAUGUAUCAAGGCAGUGCCCGAGCAAGUGAGCCAGUGGGUCUUAUACCAUCAAGCAAAGGCCGCGCCACUGCGCGAGACCUCGGAACAGUCCAUGAGUGUAUCGCCCACCGCACCACUUCCUCAUCUUCCCACACCUGCAAGGUCGCUAUCACCUGUUCGUGCGCGUGGCAUGUCAUUGCCAUUGAUUGCAACAAAGGAGGAGCGUUCUCCGAGCUCUCCUUUAUUGGACACAUGGCCAACAUCACCUGUUUCCCAUGCAAGCUUGGCACAGGAGGAGAGUGCAGACGUGCUUGAUGAAUUGAAUCCGCCGUUUACGCGAAAGCCUUCUUCUGAAGGAUCGAGAUCUCUGCGUGAUAAUCCUGCAACGGUACCAUCUUCGGCAAUGCCAGUGCAAUUGGCAAAAGAUAUAAAUCAUGUUAUGACAUCACAUGAUCCAGCACGCAAGCGACCCUCUACACACGCAGAGUUCGAUGCCAUGUUCAAGCCAUACGAAGAGAUGAUGACGCAGUUUUUUCACAAUGUUGAGAGCGGAAAGUUGCAACAUUUGGGUUGGGAGCCUAGUGAGUUUGCAAUUACUUGGCUUGUCCAAAUCAUUGAAACAGCAUACAAUCAGAUAUAUGCAAAGCAACAUGAGUGUAUCACAGUUUAUUGAAUGCCUUGGAAACCCUUCCCUUGUAUCGUUAUUUCUGCAGUCAUCGCGUUCCUUGUGUAGCCGUUUCGCUGCCUUAUCAUUAUGUCAACAUGACAUACGUAGUAGCAUAUGAAGUCUGUUCAGCGUAUAUGGCUUCGGCAAACCAGUAUUCGUAGUGAUUAUACAAUAAUGAAGCAGAGUACUGCUGAAUAUGAAGGGCUGGCUGAACACGACGUUUUGACA